GACAAUCACAUAAGUGACUUCCGUACGACCAGAGCAGCAGAUAGUUUCUCCUCCCAGGCGGAGACUUCUGCACAUAGUUUAGGUCCCUUCUGGCCUAUUUAUAGUGUUGGCCCUUGCAACAAUGUCAUCUGUAACUCGACUCCAUCUGUUAAGUCAGAGCAUGUUGAAUGUCAGUUGCCAGAAACAGAAGCGCUGCACUUCAGUUGCCGCUGACUCUCUCACAGAGCGAGAGCCCCAUGGAGUCGGUGGGACGAGCGUCUCCGCGGGGGGCCCGCGGCCUCCUGGCGGUGCCGGGCCCCGGACCCCCGGAUGCCGACGACGAGGACGGCGAGCUGGUCGUCGGUGGCAUCCGGCCCAAAUCCUCGCCCCUCCCGCGGAGACGCAGCUCCGCGUCCGACGACGACUCCGAGCCCGAGGCGCCGGCGAGCGGCUCCCGGAGGGUGUCCUUCGCCGACGCCAAAGGCCUGAGCCUGGUGCACGUGAAGGAGUUUGAAAUGUGGGAGGUGCCGAACCUGCCGCGGCACGAGCUCUGCGAGGGCGAGGGUCGAGACGCAGACCAAUACAGCCUCUCCUUCCUCAACUUCUCCCUCCCGUCGGACGGGGAGCUGCUUAUCAAAGUCCAGGACCACAAGGUUGUACUGGAGAGCCUGGAGCUUCUCCCCGCAACUACGAUCCUGAGAGGAGUGGUCCGGGUCCUGAACGUCUCCUUCAGCAAAGCGGUGUUCGUCCGGACCUCGCUGGACGCCUGGUGCAGCCACUUUGACCUGCUGGCAGAGUACACGCCCGGCUCCAGUGAUGGACACAUGGACCGCUUCUCCUUUAGGCUCACCUUGGUGCCGCCGUGCGGGGAGCAGGGGACCCGAGUGGACCUCUGUCUGCGGUACGAGACUCCUGCGGGAACUUUCUGGGCCAACAACGACGGCGGGAACUACGUGCUCCUCUGCCAUCGGGAAAUGAGGGAGAAGAGAAGAGAGAAUGUGAACAAGAGAAGCUGCCUUAAGCCUGUCAGUCAGAACCUCACUGAGGAAAACUGUUCAGCAGCAGAAGCUUCGUCGCAGGGAAACGUUUCACCAGGUGAAUCAUUUUUGCUGCUUUAGAAUUCAAAUAAAACCGCUGACUUUGCAGUGGCGUCAUCGU